AUGGGAACUGUCAGCGUGUCACAAAACUUCAAGCCGAAGAACAUCUACAUUAUUGGCGCACAAUGUACGGGCAAAACUUCACUUGUCAACGCAUUAGAAAGGUCCUUUGCCAGUUUAUUCAACACCACACCUCCCAUCAUUGUGAGAGAGGUCGCCCGCUCAGUGCUGAAAAAACAUGGAUUCACAGCCAGCGACAUCACUUCGGAUCCUGACCGUUGCUUGCAGUUACAGGAGCUCAUACUGGAAGCGCAGUUCAAUAGCGAGCGCGAAGCUCUGGCAAGGAAUUCUUGGAUUAUAUCGGAUCGUUCUGGAAUAGACCCCAUCAUAUACGCAUCCCGCCAUAUCGGAAGAGAGGCAGUAGACCUCAUGACCUCUUCUAAUUAUUGGCAAGAGUUGAGGGAUCGAAUGUCACAGUCGUUGGUUUUUGUCUGCGAAACGGUGGAGGCUUGGCUUAUAAGUGACGGAGUCAGACUCAUGCCACGAGAUGUACAGGAUUGGUCAGAAUAUGAUGAAGAAUUUUGUCGUAUGCUGAAGAGCGCAGAAAUAGCGUACCAAAUAAUUCCACGUUCGGUUGAGAAUCUUGAAGACAGGGCUUCGUUUGUGUGGUCAAGGUGGAAGAAGGCUUCAUUGGCAUGA